AAUUGAUUCAUUCUAUAGCCAUUCCGUGUACAAGUACCAAGUGUGUCAGUGGCUACAGAACAGAAUUUUGCAAAUGUUACAAUUAAGUGGUGCUGAUAGCGAACAAUGAUAAAUGAACAAAACUCAAAAGCAAAGCACUCGUCAUGGUGGAAAAGACGCACUCGCAUGGAAAAAUGGCUCUUACUGCUCCUUGCCAUCCUUGUAGUCAUCAUAAUAAUCAUCCUAGCCGUGAAGUUAUCAGCAAAAAUUGAUUCUCAAGUAUGUUUCACCCCUGAUUGUGUCCAAACUGCAGCCAAAGUCCUCGAAAAAGUAGAUUUAAAUAUCAACCCCUGUCAGGACUUUUACAAGUUUGCAUGCGGGAAUUUCAUAAAAAAUACGGUCCUUCCUCAAUACAAGACCAGUAUAUCAUCAUUCUCCAUUGUAAGCGAUAUGGUAGAUGAGCAAAUGCGAACACUGCUAGAGAAACCCAUCCAAGACACGGACGCUCGAGCUUUUGUUCUCGUUAAAUCUAUUUACCAAGCUUGCAUCAACACUACGGAAAUCGCGGCUCAUGCAUUGGAAAAUGUUAAAAAGACCAUUAAGGGUAUUGGUGGAUGGCCGGUGGUUGAAGGGUUCAAGUGGAACGAGAGGACGUUUGAUUGGACGGCCACGAUAUACGAGUUCAUGAAAAUGGGGAUGGAGUAUGAUAUUUUUUUCGAGUUUAAUGUCCUCCCGGAAGAAAAGGAUUCCACCAAAUAUACACUUCUGCUGGACCAACCAUUUAUUGUCUCAUUUGAUAAAUUGAUGAGACGAGGCUACAAUGAGAGUAUUGUUCAAGCAUAUCAUGUAUACAUGUCGAAAAUAGCAAUAGCGUUUGGGGCUGAAGAAGAAAGAGCUAAGAGACACAUGCGAGAUGUUAUCGAUUUAGAUAUUGCUAUUACACGAAUUACAGUACCGUCAGAGAAAAGACGCAAUUCUUCCCUUGAGGACAAUAAAUACUCGAUUAAAGACUUGGAGAAAGAAUUUCCUUACGUUCCGUGGUUGCAGUACAUAAACACAAUGUUAGACCCAGUUAAAACUAUGACGUACGAUGAUAACAUUACAGUAACACUUCCCCAGUACUUUAAAGAACUUGAAAAAAUUAUUAGAAGCACACCAAAACAGACCAUGGCAAAUUUUAUAUUUUGGAAAGGAAUUAAAGGUCUUAUCCAGUACAUGAGCGAUGACCUAAGGGCCUUACAGAUGGAUUUUGUUAAAGCUGUGUCUGGAAGAACAGAGCGUGAGCCUAGAUGGAAAGAAUGUGUUCAAAAAGUUAAAAGCCGUCUUCACGUCGCCAGUAGUGCCCUUUACGUCCGCCACUUUUUCAAAGAAGAAGCUAAAAAGACCAUGGUCGAAAUAAUAAACAAUAUUCAGGACCAGUUCAUGGAUAUUUUGAAAAAAGUGGUUUGGAUGGAUGAAGUCACCCGAAAACAUGCCAUAGAAAAGGCAAAAGUAAUGGAAGCACACAUAGCAUAUCCUGAUGAAUUACUGAACAAUACAAUAAUCGACAACUACUACCAAAAUUUGACCGUUAAUCAUUUGAAGUAUUUAGAAUCGAUGCAAAACGUAACUCUCCAUUCCUGGAGAAUUUCUUAUGCGAAGUUGAAUGAACGAGUAAAUAAAAAGGAUUGGAGAGAACAUUCCUUCGCGGUGGUGACUAAUGCAUUUUAUGACCAAAAUGGAAAUAAUAUAGAAUUUCCUGCGAGUAUUUUGCAGGGCGUCUUCUUCGACAACAACCGCCCGCAAUACAUGAAUUAUGGCGCCAUAGGGUAUAUAAUCGGUCACGAAAUCACUCACGGUUUCGAUGACUCGGGUCGACAAUAUGAUAAAGAUGGAAAUUUGGUCGAUUGGUGGCAACCUAAGACGCAAUCGGCUUUCGAAGCGAAAGCUCAGUGUAUUAUUGACCAAUACAGCAAUAUCACCGUUCCCGAUAUAAAUUUAAACUUGAACGGCAUCAACACUCAAGGCGAGAAUAUAGCUGAUAAUGGGGGCAUUAAACAAGCAUAUUUAGCAUACAAGAAAUGGGCUCAUAAACAUCACUCGGAAAAAGCAUUGCCGGGACUACCAUACACACCCGAGCAAAUGUUUUGGAUUUCUGCUGGGAAUACUUGGUGUGAUGUGGAGAGGAGGGAAGAAUUAAAAAUUAGUGUUAUGGACCGGGCCCAUUCGCCGAGUUAUUAUAGAGUUAAUGUGCCGCUUAUGAAUUCAGAGUACUUUGCUAAAGAUUUUAAUUGUCCGGUUGGAUCGCCGAUGAAUCCAAAACGGAAAUGCCAUGUUUGGUAAAUGUAUUUUUGAAUAAAGAAAAACAGUAUUAGGAGGUGGAUUCUCCAGUCAAUUUGCCAAAACUUUAUUUUUCGCAUUUAUUUGACUAAAUUGUUCAAGAAAACAGCAUUUUUCUAGUCACUCAUUUUCAAUUUUUAUUAUGUAAGCUUGAAUACUGUUGAUCAUAUUCGGUGUAAACUUAUAAAUUGUUGUUGUUAAAUUGUGUAUGGAUUGUUUAGCAUUAUAUUAUCUAUAUGAAAAUACUCUUAAUAAAUUUUAUAUCGUUUGUGUCACAAUA